AUGAUUUCUAAAGGAUCGCUAGAUGAGUCCUAAAUUCUACAGCUAAUAAAAAGUAUCCAAAAGCUAAUGAAUAUAUAUGAACAAAAAAUGAUAGAUUAACCUAAAAUUCUAAUAUUAGUUGGAGUAACAGGAGCUGGAAAAAGUACAGUGUUUAACUUUUUAUGUGGAGGGAAUUAUGAAUUGCAGGAAAUAAAAAGUGGAUCAUAACUAAUAUUAAAAGAAAAUUCUGAAUAAUUUGCUCUAUAAAAUGGAGGAAUGACUUCAGUUACUAAAGCACCCAAUUACUAUUUUGAUGAAAAACAUAAUCACUUAAUUAUUGAUUUCCCUGGAUUCAAAGACCCUAAUGGAGAACUAGAUUAAAUUCUCAUUUAGUUGUUAUUUUUAAAAAUUGUUUCAAAGUCUAAAGUCAAACUAAUCUAUGUUCUUAGACACCCUGAAACUAGAUUUAAUGAAAGAGGAGUAGGCCUUUAAGAUUUUAUUAAGAUUUUGUUUUAGGGUUAACAAGUUGAUCUUGAAAAAAUUUGCCUAUUGCUUAAUUGUUAUGGUGAUAAAUUGCCUGAUUAAGGACUGAAAGAGAGUGUAAAAAAAUAACUAUAAGUAAUUUUUAAAUCUGAUUUCAAAUAAAUAUCAGUCUUAAGAAAAUGUAAAUCUCCUUAAGAUAUAGAAAAAAUCUUUUCUAAUGAAAAAAGAGAUUAGUUAAUCGAAGAAUUAACUCAAACUUAAGAUAUCUAAUUCUGUCCAAAAAAUUUAUAGCAUAGUGAGAAGAUUACAAAGUAUUUAAGUGAUAAAAAUUACUAGAUGUACAAUGGCAUUUGUGAAAAUUUGAAUAAUUAAUGCAAACAAAAAGUUGAUAAGCUAUAAGAAAGGUAGUUACGUAUUAUUAAAGACUUAUUUGAGAAGUUAGUAACUUUACUUUCAAACUAAAAUUCAAAGGUUGACACUCAAUAUGCAAAUUUUAUCAAAUUAUCUUAAUAAAUUGCCACUUAGCUUAAUUGUUAAAAUGAUAUUUGCUCUCUUGAUUGUGAGUUUUCAAAAAUAUUUAUUUUUUUCUCAUAAUUCGAAGAUUUAAUAGUUGGUUAUUAAAAUUGUUUAAUAAAUUAAACGCUAGCAUACAAAUCAUGUUUUGCAAAUUUGGAAAUCAUCAAGCAAUAAAUUUCAAUUUUAGAAAAAUAGAAAGAUUUAAAAUAAGUAGAAAGUGAAAAAUUAAAUGCAAUUUAAUAAAAGUAGUAAGCAGAAUAUGAGUUUUAAAUAGAAUCAUAAGGGGCAUGUGCAGCACAAUAAUUAGUAUAAAACGAAAGUAAUUCAAAGUAUAUAGCUGAACAAAACCUUACAACAAUUUUUAAUUAAAAAAAUAAUUAGUAGGUUAUGGCAAAUAAUUGGAAAUCAUCUUAUUCAAAUUUAUAAUAGGAAAGUUAAGCUAAAUCUGAGAAAUUGAGUAAUAAAAAUUGGCGGUUAUAAUAAGAGAAUUCAACAAAUUAAUCUUAAUUAUAUCAAAAAUAACUGGAAAUUGAUAAUUCAUAAAAUCAAUUUGAGGAAUAAAAGAGAAGAUUAUUAAGUAAGUUGUAAGAUACUAAAAAUUAAACUUAUUAACUUGAGAGAUAAAAAAAUCAGAGAUUUGAAUGA